AUGGCCCAGGGUCCUACAGGACCUGAAGGUCCUCAGGGACCAUGCGGUAUCGAUGGGGCACAGGGUAUUCCUGGCGUUGCUGGGCCUCGAGGAGCGACUGGAGCAGUAGGCCCACAAGGCCGGGUUGGCGAGAGAGGCGAACAAGGUCCUCAAGGCAAUGCUGGUGAUCGUGGUCCCAAAGGGGAACGAGGUCUUGAUGGAGCUGUAGGACCACAAGGAGGACACGGCCAACCUGGUCGCGACGGCAGGGAUGGCCGGGAUGGUCGUGAUGGAAGGGACGGUAGAGAUGGAACACCGGGUCGCGAUGGCAGUGACGGUGAAGACGGUGUCGACGGAACGAAUGGAAGGGAUGGAGCUGACGGGAAAGACGGCACUGACGGAAAAGAUGGCGCCAAUGGUGUUGACGGUGCCGACGGUGCCGACGGUCGCGAUGGUAUUGAUGGCCAGGACGGAAGAGACGGGCAAGACGGUGCCAACGGUAUUGAUGGUCGUGAUGGUGUUGAUGGAACCAAUGGAGGGGACGGUAGAGACGGUCAGGAUGGUGAAAGAGGCGAGAGAGCGGAGCGCUUCUUCUGGCAGCUUGACCUCGAGGACAAAUACGAUCUGGCUCGGAUUGAUCUGUUCGUCAUACGCUACACUGUCCAAGGCAGUACCGAUAUAUAA